AUGGGUAAGCAUUUAGCAAAGCUAUUGUCGCAGUACGUUGACUUAUUAUUAGAAUCAAAUGGAACUCAGCAACCGCUUCCGGUCGCUCUAGAGCCGGGGGUAGUCAAACGUUUCUACCCUCCUCUUUUAUUAUUAAUUGUCUUGACAUCUAUGUGUCCACGACGAAGACUAGGAGAGGACCCAGAAUUCGAUGCUUUGACAGGUCUGGAGCCACUUUUCCGAGCAUUUGUUUCCAAAAUUGCAUACCUUUGUUGCACCGAGGUUGGUAGCGGAGCAAUCUCGGCUUGUGCUGUGUUACAGCUGCCCGAUUGUGUCCAGUAUGUGAUUGGCUUCAACCACCAAAGUUCAGAAAGACACGAAGCUAUUCAAGCUAGUAUAGCUUCUAUUCUGCGUAUGUUCUCUGCAGCUCCACCGGAGCAUAGUGCGGAAAGAGAAAACCUUCGGAUCCAGGCCCUACACGCAUCGCUCGAGUUGUGCAAAAGCCGGGUAAAUGGAUACUUGAGAUCGCUGAAAGUCCAUCUACAAGCUUGCACUGAAGCCUGUGAGCGUGAGAGCACCCAGGAAAGCAAAUCGACUCAAAAUGAAAUAUCCCAAAUCCUACGCCUUCUAGAAGCCUGUUUUGACGCAUGUCACUCUGAACCAGUAAAUCACUUCAGCGUAUGUGACUUGAUUACUUCUUUAAGCAGCUUCUUCAAGUCCCAUAUAUUUGUCGACGUCAGGCGCCGUGUGGCGCGUGAGGAUAGCAUGAUGUCAACGACAUACUGGUCAGACUUUGUUCAUGUGGCAGGUCGACUGCUUACCUAUAAGCGUGCAGUAGACUUGAUGGACUUAGUAUCAGAGAUCUGGCCUCAGCUCUUCUCAGACAUUCAAAUCUGCAUGAUACCAUCAAGUUCAACAGUGGUUGGUGUUCUUCCUCCAAAUCCAUGGAAGGCUGCUCAGAUCAUGAGCAAAAUGACUAGCGAUGCGUCGUUGUUGGAUCGUUUCGCAGCACAGUUAGGCUCACUUUCUGUCCACGACAUAGACGCCAAGGUCUCUGAACUUUGGCGUGGUGCACCUCUCCCCAAGGUGCAUGCAGAAGUGCUAGUACAUGACUGGCUAGAAAGGUCCGAAGGUGGAAUCCGUCCUGAACGGUUUUUCAAUCGUUGGAAAUUCAUCGGAUCAAGCAAACCACCCUGCAAACUGUGCUCUUACUUUUUCGAUGAGUAUCCAACUGACGUUCAAGUCCGGCCCUCACAUCAAAAUGCAUAUUUUGCCUGGCGAAUGCCUGAUGUGUAUGAAUCCCAAGGCGAGGAAUCAAGCCGUAAACGAAUGCUGGUUAUGGAAAGCAUCAAGGCUCGAAUCAGAGCAGACGUUGUGCGAAUACUAUCUGAGAAGCUAGCUGAUGGACGACCUCAUGAUUCAAGUGCAUAUAUAUCCUUGUGGCGUGGCACAGCGCCAGGUCCUCCUGGCAACGCUAUCUCACUAGAAGCAACCACUCAGUUGCUCGAAUCUCACACGCUCUCGAAAAAGCACGAACAAGGUUCCACCGAUCGAGAGUCUGCCAAGGAAGUGGUGAAAGUGCUAGAUGAGAACCAUGAGGAGGAAUUACUUUUCAAAGGUAGAUCAGCUGUCCGAAAGACUUAA